ACACAGCGGAAAGCUGCCGCGCUGCUGACAGCCUUCUGUUUUGACCCCAUACACGCGCACCAGCCACCGCGUUCUGUGCGCGGAUAUCAGCGGGAUUGGUCCUUUUUCAGUGUCCGGCAACAAGCGCGCAAAGACGGGUGGAAUUGAUUUCAAACCGUUAUAAUUGACAACGCAAGCUUUCUUGUUUUAUCAGCGUGAACUUGUCUUUAGGUUAGAAUUGAAUCUUGGAAUGUAAAUUGCUCCAUCGGUCUGUUCAAAAUGGGAUAUUAACCUAUGCAGAUUGGAAUGUAUGGGUUUUCUGCGGUUGAGUUGUGACCAAGGCGGCUUCCAGGAAUAACUUGGAACUGUUGAUUACUUAUCACCCAAAUCUUACCCGUAAUGAGGAUGGGACGCCGUAAGAUUCAUAGUUCGGACGUAGGCUGUUUCACUCUGUCAACAUGAUUUACUUGCGGAGAUGAAUGUGAAGUUUGACUGCAGAACUAUGGAGAAACGGAAGCAACUCUUAACCGGUCUAGUAUUCAUGGCGACCAUCUGCCUGAGUUCACAGCAAGUCCUAAGAAUUGGCGGCAUCUUUGAGACACGGGAGCGUGAGUUGGUGAGUGUCGAGGAGAUGGCCUUCAAGUUUGCGGUGACCAACAUCAACAGGAACCGGACGCUGAUGCCCAACACCACGCUGACCUACGACAUCCAGAGGAUCAACCUGUACGACAGCUUCGAGGCCACCAGAAGAGUGUGUGACCAGCUGGCGCUGGGCGUGGCGGCGGUGUUUGGCCCCUCCCACAGCUCCUCGGUCAGCGCCGUCCAGUCCAUCUGCAACGCCCUGGAGGUGCCCCACAUCCAGACCCGCUGGAAACACCCCUCGGUGGACAACAAGGACACCUUCUACAUCAACCUGUACCCAGAGUACACGGCCAUCUCCAAGGCCAUCCUGGACAUCGUCACCUUCUUCAAGUGGAAGAAGCUCACCGUGGUCUACGAGGACAGCACAGGGCUGAUGCGGAUGCAGGAGCUGAUCAAGGCUCCGUCCAAGCUCAACCUGAAGAUCCGGAUCCGCCAGCUGACCCCCGGGGACAGCGACGCCCGGCCCCUCCUCAAGGAGCUGAAGAAAGACAAGGAGUUCUUCGUUCUGUUCGACUGUUCCUAUCGCAUGGCAGCGGAGCUGCUCAAACAGCUUUCGUCGAUGGGGAUGAUGACUGAAUACUACCAUUACUUUUUCACUACUCUGGACCUGUUUGCGCUGGACCUGGAGCCGUACCGCUACAGCGGGGUCAACAUGACCGGCUUCAGGCUGCUGAACCUGGACGACCCGUACGUGGCCAGCACCAUGGAGCGGUGGGCCACGGAGAGGCAUCAGGCCCUGCCCAAGCAGGAGAGCGGCCUCAUGGACGGAGUCAUGACGACGGAGGCGGCCCUGAUGUACGACGCCGUGUUCAUGGUCGCCGUGGCGUCCCAGCGGGCCACCCAGAUGACGGUCAGCUCGCUGCAGUGCCACCGACACAAACCCUGGCGCUUCGGGCCACGCUUCAUGAACCUCUUCAAAGAGGCACAGUGGGACGGUCUGACAGGACAUAUAGUCCUUAACAAGACGGACGGACUGCGGAGGGACUUUGACCUAGACAUCAUCAGCCUGAAGGAGGACGGCACCACCAGGGGGAUUGUGGAGGGCUCCAGUCGCCUCAAUAAAAGGUGGAUCAAGAUCGCCGUGUGGAACUCGUACAGGGGUCUGAACCUGACGGAGAACAGCAGAAACAAGGACAACAAUGUGACCGACUCUCUGGCCAACCGCACUCUCGUCGUCACCACCAUACUGGAAAACCCUUAUGUAAUGCAUAAGAAAUCGGACAAGGAGCUUGUUGGCAAUGACCGCUUUGAGGGCUACUGCCUGGACCUGCUGAAGGAGCUGUCCAACAUCCUGGGCUUUACCUAUGAGGUCAAACUGGUGACUGACGGGAAAUAUGGCGCCCAGAAUGACAAGGGAGAGUGGAACGGAAUGGUCCGGGAGCUCAUUGACCACAUAGCCGACCUUGCCGUGGCUCCUCUGACCAUCACCUACGUGAGGGAGAAGUCCAUUGACUUCUCCAAGCCCUUCAUGACCCUGGGGAUCAGCAUCCUGUACCGCAAGCCCAACGGCACCAACCCUGGGGUGUUCUCCUUCCUCAACCCCCUCUCCCCCGACAUCUGGAUGUACGUGCUGCUGGCCUGCACUGGGGUCAGCUGUGUCCUCUUCGUCAUCGCCAGGUUUACUCCGUACGAGUGGUACAACCCUCACCCCUGCAACCCAUCCUCGGAACUCGUGGAGAACAACUUCACUUUGCUCAACAGUUUUUGGUUCGGCGUCGGAGCUCUCAUGCGGCAAGGUUCGGAGCUGAUGCCCAAGGCUCUGUCUACUCGUAUAGUCGGGGGGAUCUGGUGGUUCUUCACCCUCAUCAUCAUCUCCUCCUACACGGCCAACCUGGCGGCCUUCCUCACCGUGGAGCGGAUGGACGCCCCCAUCGACUCGGCCGACGACCUGGCCAAGCAGACCAGGAUCGAGUACGGCUCCGUCAGGGACGGCUCCACCAUGACCUUCUUUAAGAAAUCCAAGAUCUCCACCUAUGAGAAGAUGUGGGCGUUCAUGAGCAGUAGGAAGAACACAGCCCUGGUGAAGAACAACAGGGAGGGCAUCACGCGUGUCCUCACCACGGACUAUGCCAUGCUGAUGGAGUCCACCAGCAUAGAGUACAUCAGCCAGAGGAACUGCAACCUCACCCAGAUAGGAGGCCUCAUAGACUCCAAGGGCUACGGGGUGGGCACCCCCAUAGGUUCCCCCUACCGCGACAAGAUCACCAUCGCCAUCCUGCAGCUGCAGGAAGAAGGGAAGCUCCACAUGAUGAAGGAGAAGUGGUGGAGAGGGAACGGCUGUCCUGAGGAGGACAACAAGGAGGCCAGCGCCCUGGGGGUGGAGAACAUUGGGGGCAUCUUCAUCGUGCUGGCUGCCGGCCUGGUUCUCUCUGUGUUCGUGGCCAUAGGAGAGUUCAUCUACAAGGCCCGCAAGAACUCUGACAUCGAGGAGUGUGCCUCUUUCAGCAGCGUCAUGGAGGAGUUGGGCAUCUCUUUGCGCUGUCACAAAACCAUCAAGAGAAGGUCGCGACCCCGCAGCCGCGCCGGUUUGGCUAGUGGCAUGUGUCAUCCCAAACGCACCCUGAGAAAGGAGACCAUGGCAUAGAGAAGGCCACUGAGGAAGCCCCGUUUACCCUAGUGCUUAUAGAGACACACUGUCUGAGAGGCUGGAUGAAACGCUAGGAUCCCCUCUCGUGUUAUUUAGCGAGCCGCUCUAUUCUGUUUAUUGUCGGUCUCCGUUCUUGUGUGAAUACAUUAAAUAGCCUAUAUCAGCAGUAAAUCUACAAUUAUACGUCGUUUAGUUUAUUGCCUUUGUAGCAACAUCAAUAAUGACGUGAAAUGUGUUUGUAAUAGAGUGGAUGAAUGGAUGGUAACGGAGGAAUUUUCAUGUCGCUUGUCCUAAGAUGGGUAUAUUGUUGCAGUCUCCUGUACUGUGCUCAUUUUUCCAGAAUAAAGCAUUUUACAAUUUU